AAUAUAUUCUAUUUUAAAAACAUUUUAAUUAAGUUUAUUGGUUUAAACGGAGGAAUUUUAUUGAAAGCAGUCAUGCUAAAAAAUGUAGGGGAAAAAAAAAAGGUCUGUACCAAAUCAAAGUUGUUUGAAGGUGUAAUGGAAAGGAAUGGGUUAAUAACAGUUCAGCUGGCUAAAAAAAAAAAAAAAAAAAAAAAGUUAGAGGGCUUGACUGUCUUUCCAUUGAGCAUACAAACAAUUGCACACAGAUUUACCAUUCAGUAUUCCAGUCUGUACACUUGCAAUUAAGACCUGGGGAAAAGGCUGGCAUGAAAACCCUCAUAUUUCUUGGGGUUUGGGUGCUGGGAGCAUCUCUGGCGUUGCCGGACGCGGACACGGUGGGACAGGGGGAGAUGGAGGAUCCCGUUCGCUGCUCUAAGGGCUGCACCUGUCUGCACGAUGACUACAGCCUGGAGCUCAACGUGUACUGCAGCGGCCGUAACCUCACGCACGUACCAGCUGACAUGCCCCCGUCCACUCACUCCCUCUGGCUGGACAUGAACUUGUUUACUUCCCUCCCGGCGGCAUCCUUUCGGGGCCUAACCGAUCUGGAUUUUUUGAAUCUCCAAAGUGGACUGUUGAUGACCCUUGACCCCCAGGCUUUCAAAGGCCUCAGGUCGUUAGCACACAUUCACCUGGAGAGAAAUCGCCUGCGAGCGUUGCCAGGUACAAUUUUCCAGAACACACCCAACCUGGCUUCUCUUAGUCUCCAUAACAACCAGAUAAGUCGUAUCGACGAAAGACUUUUUGCUGGACUGUCCCACAUGUGGCUCCUCAACCUCGGGUGGAAUUCACUCACAGUUCUGCCUGAGACCGUUUUCCAGGACCUGCAUGGUCUGAGGGAGCUCAUUCUUGCUGGAAACAGACUUGCCUACCUGCAGCCGCAGCUCUUCCAGAACCUGGUGGAACUGAAAGAGCUAGAUCUAACUGGGAACCACCUCAAGGUCAUAAAAGCCAACGUGUUUGUCAAACUCACUAAGCUGCAAAAGCUUUACUUGGCCCGCAAUCAGAUCGUGACGGUGGUGCCAAGAGCUUUUGUCGGCAUGAAGUCGCUCAGAUGGCUGGACCUGACCAACAACAAGCUGGCUUCUCUGCAUGAGGACACCUUCCUGGGCCUGCACAGUCUGCACGUGCUGCGACUUUCCAACAACUCCGUCGCCGGCAUCAGGCCCAGAACAUUCAGAGACCUGCAGUAUCUGGAGGAACUGCAGCUCAGCCACAACAAGAUUCGAGCUCUGGGGGACAGGAUCUUCGAUGGGCUCGGCCAUCUGGAGGUCCUGGAGCUGCAGAACAAUCAGGUGCAGGAGGCACAGAUGGGGAGUUUCGCCGGCUUGUCCCAUGUGGCCGUCAUUAACCUGUCUGGAAGUUGCUUCAGCGGUCUGCCCGAUCAAAUGUUCAAAGGUCUGUCGAAGCUCCACAGCCUGCAUCUGGACAGAGGUUGCCUAACGCGGAUCCCCGCUCAAGCAUUUGCUGGACUCUCCGGUUUACGGAGACUCUUCCUUCAGCACAACAAUAUCUCUGUGGUGGAAUACCGGAGCUUCGCAGAUCUAGUAGGACUGCUGGGACUGGAUUUGAGUUUUAACAAGCUGGAGGUUCUCUCACCUCACACUUUCUCUGGGCUGAAGAAUUUAGAGUAUUUGCUGUUAGUCAACAACGAAUGUCGACAGUUUUUUCCCAACGGAACAAAGCAACUGCUUCCAAAACUGCGUUACCUCGACCUCAGAGCAAACCUGCUGACGAGCGUGGUCCCCAACUUCUCAGAGAGCAUGGAAAAACUUCUGCUGUCCGGGAAUCGGUGGAAAUGUGACUGUGGGACUCUGCCCCUGAGAAGCUACAGCCUGAGGAAACCGCUGGUGGUCCCUCGGCAGGUGGAGACCCACGCAGAGGGUGAAGAGCCCGACUCCACCAUCACCAUAUAUAACAACAUCACCUGCACCAGCCCGCCACACCUGGCCGGUCAGGACCUGCGCGACGUGAGCGACGACACCUUUCAAAACUGCUGAAUGAAGAAGGCUGAGAGAAGACCUGCUGUAAUCUGAAUCAAAAUGUCCGUUUUAGUCAGUCUGAUUUACUACAUUCAACUCAAUUUCAGGUAAAAGCUGGAACAGAAGCUGUUAAAAAACAUAUAUUAGGUUUUUUUUUUAAAGCUUUUAUUAAUUAUUCUGAACAUAAAGUAAAUAUUAUUGAAUAUUAUCGUGUUUAAGUAAAAAGUAUGAUAGAUUGUGUGUAUUUGAUGUGCUUAGGUCUGUUGAAGGUAUUUAAUAAAAAAAAUGAUUACAA